CUCGCAUGGAUUGGUUCGGUGUCGCGUUGUAGAACGUGCCGGUUCGAUCGGCCAUAUAUACUCGUUAGAUCGAGGAUAUUCGGAAAGAUUUUGGCUGGCAAUUCGUUCGCGGCCAUUGGUGCACGUGACCUCGCGUACACGUGAACCGACCUUUAAGUUUCGAGUUCCCCACGCUCGAUGGUGAGCGAUUCACGAGGACGGUGAGUACCGCCAGUCGGUUCGAAUAAUCGCCUCGUGGCAGGUGAAGAGGAAAAUCGGCGAGGCCGAGCCUGCUAGCUAGCCAGUCGCCUAGUCAACCAGCCACCGUAUGAGGCACGGACGGACCGUAAGGCCGCGCCUCGAUCGUCGAUCCUCUCCGCAGAAAAUCUUGUUACCGAUUGCGGUGCGACAUAGUGCAAACAUUCACAUAGCCAUUGGUGUGUAGCGCGUUACUUUUCUUCGUUUUCUUUCGUGGUAUAGUCGUUCCUCGAUUGCUCGAGCACGCACACAUACGUCAGGGCCGCUUUCCGUUUCGUUCUGUGCGCCGCGACACUGCUACGAGGGUGAAACAUGUCUUCCUUGAAGGGUGAUAAGGCUCCGUGUGCACGACUUUGCCAUAUCGUCAAGUGGGACGAUUUCGACGGUUACGGGUUUAACUUGCACGCGGAAAAAGGGAAGAACGGGCAGUUUAUCGGAAAGGUGGACGAUGGUUCUCCUAGUCAGGCCGCUGGUUUACGGCAAGGUGAUCGUAUCGUCGAGGUUAAUGAGAUCAACAUCGCGAACGAAACGCAUAAACAGGUUGUUGAACGCAUAAAGGCCUUCCCCAACGAGACGAAGCUUCUGGUGGUCGACCAGGAGGCCGACGAAUAUUUCAGGGCCAACAACAUCGUUAUCAAGGGCACCAUGGCUAACGUCAAGGUGAACAAGACCCCGGAGAAGAAUCCGAACAGUGUCGAGCAAGAAGAGCUGAACGGCAGCAAUGCCUCCAUCGACGAGAACGUGCAAAAAUCGAGCGGAUCUAACGACACGACGACGUCGCACAGCGAGAGCAGCACGGUGUCGGCUAGUGCGACCAGCGCGACGAGGAUCGAGAACGAGAGCGAACGCGAGGAGGUAGCUGCCAGGGAGAACGGGAACGCCAACAGCGAUUCGACGACGUCGACGACGACAGGACACAUGCACGCGACUGGGAACGGAAACGUGGCUGGAAACGGCAGCACCGGUAGCGACAACGGCAACGGCGAGCCGCGGCAACAACAACAACAACAACAACAGGGUUUAAAUCUGAAGAUGAGCGCGAAAGAACUUCGAGCUCAGCUGGCUGCGCGCAAGAAAUACGAUCCGAAGAAAGAAUCGAUCGGCUUCAAGGACAAGUUCGAUAUCGUGCAGAAAUUAUAACCGGCGCGCCAUUCCUCUUCGUCUCGUUCGAUAGUCUUGUCGGCUAUGUUGCGCGGUGCUCUUCCUUAUCUCGGUAUUUUGUAGUCGCGGGGGGCCGAUCCAAUGGCGAUCGAACGGCCAAACGUUGCGUCCUCGUGCUUGCUUGGUUGGUUGUAGGCGGCGCGAGAGACGCGUCGAUCUACCACACACACGUGCCUCCUCUUUUCCGCGUUUCGAGAAACUUUCGGAACUCGAGACUUACUUACUUCACUACCCUAUCACGUUCUUCCGUGAAUUUUUGCGAGAAAAGUUCCUGAAUUACACUCGAAAGCGUGAACCAAUUCGAAGGCAUUCCGAAUCGAUCGAACGCUCAAAGUUUCUUGUUCCACUAGGCUACACAGUUACAUACAAUGUCCCGCUACCUAGAGCGGGCUUUGCGCGCUCCAAGGACGAUCACGACGACGCGGGAGAAAGUGUACGACGUUGCGCGACGUGUGACGUGCGACGCGCCGCGUCAUCGCUAAUUUCUCUUAUUUCUUAUCAAAUUUAGGAUAUCGCUAGUAGCUCCCUCAUUGUACAUUCGAAUAACGCAUACACUUUGUCACGAGCAGUAAUUGAUAAACACGGCCCCCGACGUUUUACCGUAAAUACUUCGCCAACGACGGUUUCCAACGGAUUAUGUAACUUAAGAAAUGUAACAGCGUGCAAAAACGCGGCGAUACAAUAGGUGGGAAGGCCCGUGCGAGUUUCUUCCACGUUGUUCGAUGGUUCUAGGCGACGUCGUACGUGUACGACGAGCCGAGAGAAUCGCAGGACUCUGCAGGAAACUCGGGCGGGACUGUCUAACCCGACAUUGCUAAAUAUUACGACAACCUGUUGUGCAACCUUCAAUUAUCGUCGUCGUGAUCCUUUUGCGUCGUGCUUCGUACCUUACGCGAAAACACAUCUGGAAGAAACUAGUUGUGUUGUUUUCUUUUCCUUUUUUUCUCCGUUUCUUUCGCACGAUAUGUAUGUAUAUGUAUGUAUACCAACAUACACGCGCGUAUCGUCUUGCGAUUAUUUCUCGGGCCAUGUUCAAUUCAAUACCGAUCUGCUGCGACAUGCGGAAACGAUUAUUACCAGUUUUGGUAGAACGUUGAAAAAGAACAGAGAGAAAUUUGUCCUUGGUUUUCCCACAUUUUGUUUUUUUUAAACGAGAAGCAUUGCGUCACGCAAAUUCAGCUUACAAAAUUUACAAUAACGAUUCAUUUUAUCCGAGCGAUGAUCGUUGAUAUAUUGCAUUUAAUAUUCUAAUCCGUAUGUCAUUCCACGAUUAAAAUACGAUUCUUUUCGAAUAACGUUUUGUACGUUAUUAUGCGUCUAUUAUCUGAGAUAGAAUCGGCGCGAUAAGGCGCUUAAGUAACAAAAGCGACGACUAAUUUCCAUUCGAAAUUCGACAAAAUAUACUUGUUUUGUUUUAUUCCUAACGAGCUUUUUACUUCUUACGUCGAAGCUGUUGGCAUUUUGAACGACAUUUUACGUGUACAGAAAAGGUAUCUCUUUACGAUACUUUUCAUCGACUUUGUAAUUGAAAAGUACGACGUUUACUUUGAUUAUUUUGUGAAAUUUCGUUUAGUCUAAGGAUUUUGCGUAUUGAAAAUCGAAUUCUCCGAUAUAUAUGUUUUUCGUUUGACCUAGCACUUGUAACGAGUAUCGAAUCAAUUGAAAUUUCAAUUCGAUCGUAAGCUGCGAUUGGCGAUACCGUGCGCAACAGAGACCGAUCGAUCACCGUCCUCGUUUAAGAGAGAGAUCGAGUCACUUCCGAGCUGUGAUCUAUCGGUCUAUGUUCCAGACCGAACGAGUUAUGUAAAUUCUCUCGUAUUUUUUUUUCUUUCGUUUUGUUGCAAUACUUUUUUCGAAGUUCGAUGCAUAAGCGUAUUUGUUUCUGUAAAUAUUAGAUAUCUGGGCGUCAAGGUCGGUGCAACGAUCACUGUUUCGCGUAACAAUUAGUAUCGGCAGGUGUCGAUAAAUUACGCGUACGAGAGAGGUCAAAAAUGAAAUUAAUACAUAUAUCGUUGAUCAGCUGGAAAAGGGAACCUUACUUCGUAAGACUUUAAGAGGGAGGAGGUGGUAACCUUUCUGAAAUUCGAAAGGUUUUCACGUGAACCAUUGCACCGAUUCUUUGAAAUGUAUAUAAAUGUUCUGCAUAAGGACUAAAUACACACGUUGUUACGAUUAUUGCACACGUUCAACGUACUUUGUAAGCAUAUCUUUAAGCAUUAUGUUUGACGACAAGA